CUUUCACCCUGGCAACCGCGGCGCAGCGACGGCGCGCGCGGGCUGGGCGCGGACGGGUGGGGCCGGGCGGUGCCAGUGCGGGCUGGGGCAGUGCAGUGAGUAGCGGUCUUGGGGUGUGCGAUCUCGCUGAGCCUCCUCACACGGUUCGUCGUUUCGGGUUCGAGCCCAACCGGCUUAGCCCCUCGCCAUGGACUCCCAGAAAGAAGCGCUACAGAGGAUCAUUUCAACUCUGGCAAAUAAAAAUGAUGAAAUUCAGAACUUCAUUGAUACACUAAAUCAUACACUAAAAGGAGUUCAGGAAAAUUCGUCCAACAUACUCUCAGAGUUAGAUGAAGAAUUUGAUAGUUUAUACUCUAUACUGGAUGAAGUAAAAGAAAGUAUGAUUAACUGUAUCAAGCAGGAACAAGCUCGUAAAUCCCAAGAGUUACAGAGUCAGAUUAGUCAAUGUAAUAACGCCCUGGAGAACUCUGAAGAACUAUUAGAAUUUGCAACAAGAUCAUUAGAUAUAAAGGAACCUGAAGAAUUUUCAAAGGCUGCCAGACAGAUCAAGGAUAGAGUCACAAUGGCUUCAGCCUUUCGCCUUUCUUUGAAACCAAAGGUCAGUGACAACAUGACUCAUUUAAUGGUGGAUUUCUCACAGGAAAGACAGAUGCUGCAAACUUUGAAGUUUUUGCCAGUCCCCAAAGCUCCAGAGAUAGAUCCAGUAGAGUGUUUGGUGGCAGAUAACUCUGUAACAGUAGCUUGGAGAAUGCUAGAAGAAGAUAAUAAGAUUGACCAUUUUAUACUGGAACAUAGGAAGACAAAUUUUGAUGGACUUCCACGUGUAAAGGAUGAGCGAUGCUGGGAGAUAAUUGAUAAUAUUAAGGGUACUGAAUAUACACUAUCAGGCUUAAAAUUUGAUUCAAAGUAUAUGAAUUUCAGAGUGCGAGCUUGUAACAAGGCUGUGGCUGGAGAGUAUUCUGAUCCAGUGACUCUAGAGACCAAAGCACUUAACUUCAAUUUGGAUAACUCCUCAUCCCAUUUGAACCUGAAAGUUGAAGAUACCUGUGUAGAGUGGGAUCCUACUGGAGGAAAAGGUCAAGAAAGUAAAAUGAAAGGAAAAGAGAACAAGGGCAGAAGUGGUACACCGUCCCCAAAACGAACAUCUGUAGGCUCCAGGCCACCAGCAGUAAGAGGCAGUAGAGAUCGUUUUACUGGAGAAUCAUACACGGUGCUGGGAGACACUGCUAUUGAAAGUGGACAACAUUAUUGGGAGGUCAAGGCCCAGAAGGACUGUAAAUCCUACAGUGUGGGAGUAGCAUACAAAACGUUGGGGAAAUUUGACCAAUUGGGAAAGACAAACACUAGUUGGUGUAUCCAUGUCAACAACUGGCUACAAAACACAUUUGCAGCAAAGCAUAAUAAUAAAGUCAAAGCUUUGGAUGUUACGGUUCCUGAAAAAAUAGGUGUAUUUUGUGAUUUUGAUGGAGGUCAACUUUCAUUCUAUGACGCAAAUUCAAAACAGUUGCUAUAUUCCUUUAAGACAAAAUUUACUCAGCCAGUACUACCUGGUUUCAUGGUAUGGUGUGGUGGACUUUCUUUGAGUACUGGGAUGCAGGUUCCAAGUGCUGUGAGAACACUUCAGAAAAGUGAAAAUGGAAUGACUGGUUCAGCUAGUAGCCUGAACAAUGUUGUUACUCAAUAGUGUCUACUCAGAAUACGUUUACCCUCCCUCUUGAUUGGGUGGCCUUUUCUGUGCAGUUAUUAAUCACAGGAAUUUGUGAGUAGUGAAAAUCAGGUUUGCUGUGUUCUGCUUUGAGGCCUGGAAUCUGUUAUCAUUAAACACCUAGUUCGAAGCAUUUGCAGGAACCUACUGUACAGUAUCAUAGAAGCAAGCAGAUACCAAGCAAAAAACUGAUGAUUGAAGAGUAAAUGGGGAGAAAAGCAGUGUUUAAUUAACAUAAAAACUCAUUUUUGUAUUUCUUGGAUUACUUUGACUCUUCUAAUGUUUAAUUACAUAUAGUAACCCUACGGCCUGGGGAGAAAAGCUUUUAAAUCUUGCCUUCUUUCUUCUGUACUUUGUCUUCUUAAAAUCUCAUUACUAUCUAUUAUUUAGUUCUAACACAGAAGCUUUAAAAAUACAUAGUCCUCUAAAGUUUUCUAAAAAUUGAAAUCAUAUGUUGGGAAUGAUAAAAAGGUUUUCAAAUGGUUUAUUUUUCCUCUUUUAUAAAUAAGUUUUACAAAAUUAUCCUCUUUUGUUUAUUGACUAGGUUGUAUAUAAUUUUCUUUUUUCCAAAAUACUGUGAUAAGAAAUUUCUAGACACAGCAGCUUAAAAUCACCCAAAUUUCAGUUUUUUACCUACUGCACUAACAAUGGCAAGGGGGGUAUUCUUUACAUGUUGCCUUGUUUAAUUAGAGUUCUUUUCAUUCCAUCACUUUAUGUGAUGGGUAAGAUUUUUAAAAGCCUUAUAUUUUGUGAUUUUGUUGUCUAGUUUAACCCUACGUUUAAUAGUUGUGUUUGGUAAAAUUCCCACUUGAAUGUGGCACUGAUAAUAAUUAUGCUGAUUUUUAACAUCUCUAAUAGGAAUGAAAGUUUGUUAAAGUUACAUAGAAGACUGAAAAACAUAUAUCACUUAAUUUUUAUCUAAGAAGGAUAGGUUAUAAAGGAGGUACCUAAAUACUCAAAUAAUGUAUAUAUUCUUUUUCAUAACAUAUGGAAUGCUUUAAGCAAUUGUUUUGAAAAAAAUCUGAGUAUCUUUGACUUAAUUGGCACAUGAGUUUUUCAAGCAGCCAUUCAUUCAGAGGUUUGUUUUCUCUUAGUCCUUUUGCUACAUUCACUUUCUUUUUAAAGAAAUGUUAAUUAUUACAAAAAUUGACAUAAAUGUCUUUCCCAAACUUGGGGUAAAACCCAUAGUUAAGUGGAACGUAACUAUUCUUAAAAAGUCAAUUAUAAUUUGUAACUCACAUCCUUUGAGCUAAACUAAGUUAAAAUUACAGUAUUUAAUAAUUCCUUGGGCAUUUUUAAGAGGUCUGAAUUUGUAUUUUUCUUAGUUUUUGAAACUUUUCAUUUCUCUUGUUGACUUUUUUCAUUCUCAUUUAAAAUAUAUUGUGCUAUGAUAACCAACCUUCUUCCAAGGAGUGACCGUUACUGCCUACAUUUCAGUUGCUUUCUACAUAAAGACCUGUGUAAUAGUAUUAAUAAUAGCUCAUUCUCUCUAAAAAUGUACUGCUGAUAGGCUGUUUUGUUCCCUUGAUAAAACAAAUGUAAAUGAGGAAUUUUAUUUGAAUUGGAAUAUUGUUUUUCCAGAGGACAUUCAUAUCUGCACUAUUAUCUGAUGACAUGUUGGUAAUUUUAAAGACUGCAAGGCAGUUUAGAGAAUGAGUAAGCCAAUAGAUAGUCUUUUGAUUCUCCAAAGAAAUAUAAUUUUGGUUUUUGUUCCCCAGAGAGAGUUUGAAAGAAAUUUUUAGAUGUUCUGUUCACUAUAGAGGGCCUAUUCCAGGAUCUAAAUAAAAGGGAAUUUAUAAUUCCCUUCAUAGACUCAAACCUGAAAGCAGAAGUGUUUAGUAGUUGAGUUGCUUUAAGUGAAUUUUAGCAAAUAUGACACAGAAAAGGUCAGAUGCUGUUGUAUAAAAUUUUUUAUUACUAUGUCUUAUAUAAUUCUUUCUUCUUAUUAAUUCAGUGCCUUUUUCCUCUAAGCAUACUCUUGGUCCAUGCCCCAUGCAGGUGUCAACUGAUGUUUAAGCUACAGAGCAUUGUUACAGUGGUGAGGGCCCUCUGUUGCAGGGGCAUGGGGAAAAGCAUAUAUGAAUCAGGGGCUGGAGGAGUGUACAUGAUUCUCAUGUUCAUGUCGUCAUUUGAAACUCUUCACAUAAAAUUUUCUAAUAUUCAUUUGGAAAACCUCCCCGCUGGAGAGGUUUCAUCUCUGAGAGGUUUUGUAGUAAUAGUGUAAGUUCAGUAAAUCCAGAGUCCAAAUUCUCAUCACAUGUAUUACUUGAUAUUAAAUUUUGCAAUUAUUACUUCAAAAUAAGAAUCUGAGGAUUUCUUCUUACUGGCCUUCUUAAAGGUCUCUAAAAUUAAAGAACAAAAUGUGUUUUUUUGUUUAAGAUGUUUUUAGUUUAUUUCUUGUUAAGUUAAACUGGAGAAAGUGUCAUCCUCAUUUUCAAACUGAAAACUAAUCAAAUACAGUGCCUGUUUAGUCUCGAAAUAAGG